CUGUCUCGAAACAUAAUAAAGUAAUGAAGACAAAUAUUAUAACAAUUAUUGGCUAAAGUCUGAAACACGACCCCCCCCACUCACGGGCACUCAUUUGAGUGACUUUUUUUCGUGCAGGGUGGUUCGAAAUCGGUUGCGUGUUUUUUAAUUAUGUUUCGAGACACAGACACCUGAGGGCAUGGCCGUCGAAGAAGAAAAUGUAGCAAUUGGUGCCAUCUAUCGACCACAGGUCAAAGAUUGGCGAUCCGUUGAAGCUUUCGCGAAUAGCUCCGGCCACAGACAUGGUAGCGAUUAGUGGUGCAUGGACGAAAUCUAGCCACAAGUGCCAUCUAGCCAUGGCCAGAAGAAAGUGUGGCGAUAUCUUGGAUACCGGAGGAGCUAUGGGGCAAAGUUGGGCCAAAAAUGAGGAAAAUUUUACGGUUGCACAAACAGCGUAUGGAACUUGGUUCCUCGAUGAAUAAAUCACUUUUCACUAUGCGAAAACCUCCUUACAAUUUAAUAGUAAUUGUAAAAAAAAUCAAAUUCAGGCCACAUUGCAUAGUCUCUGAACCACCCUGUACGAAAAAUUGACACGCAGAUGAGUGACCGUGAGUGGGGGGGUCGUGUUUCAGACUUUAGCCCAAUUAUUAUUAUUAUUAGAAAAAUAGAUAGUCUCACAUUUUUCGUGCACGUCUAACCGCAGCUUAUAACCGAAGUGCUAUCAAAUGUGUGCAUUGGGCGUUGCGUGUUUUUCCAAACAAAUCGGCAGCUGUCAACUCCAAACCGAAAAAAGGAGAACAAACAGUUUUUCUGCUUGCAUCAAAUUGAAAAAAAGCUUUAUUCUCCCUCCCUGAUGACCCUUCAGUGACCUGCCGAAGAAAUCUUUAUAAUUUAAGAAGCAACUUUUGCUUAUAGAAAAGAGUUACACAUUAGGUAUAAGAAAACGGAAAGGGAAGCAGGAACAGCCCAUAUCCCGGGUGUUUUAGUGAUAAGGUCCAAAAAAUGGUGCCAUAGCGCGAAAGUGGUGGAUCGAAUCCUAGGACUAGGACAUGAACGGUACGACAGUUGCAGAACAAACACGGGACGAUUCCGGUACGGCCAUGGAUGCAGUCGAAACGGUAACGCUAAUAAGCGACGAUUCGGAUGUGGAAAUGACGGACAUUUCCGUGAAGCGUCCGAGUAAGUCCGAAUCCGACGAAGGACGACGUACGAGCCGACGGAAAAAGGUAAAGGUGGGAUACGGUGAUAAUGGUGCGAAAACAAACACCGCGACGCGUCCUGGCAGUGCUUGCGAGAGUGGCGACCCAUCCGGUACCGGUGAUCGUAAGGGCGAAGGAGGAACAAAGCCUGAUCCUCCCACUCCAAAAUCGAAAAAACGAGAAACGGAAGAAAAAUCUACCACCGGACCGGAUCCGAACCCAUAUCAGGAGCUAAUGACGGGAUUGGAAGGGGCAGCCUUUCAAUCGAGACUUCCGGUGGAUAAAAUGACCGCGGCAGAAGCCGUCUGCUUUCCGCAUAUCAUCAAGCACGGGCUGGUUACGCAGCGCAUGUUUCUGAACGUACGCAACCGCAUCCUGCAGAUGUGGAUCGAGGAACCGACGGUGCAGCUGACGUUUGAGAACGCUUUGAAAAAGAUGGAAUCGCCUUUCGAUAGUGACCCAACGCUUGUACGGAAGGUGCACGCGUUUCUCGAACGUCAUGGUUUUAUUAAUUUCGGAAUCUUCGAACGGUUGAAACCGCUUCCGGUGAAAAAGCAUGCUAAGGUGAUCGUUAUUGGGGCCGGCAUUUCGGGUCUUGCUGCCGCACGACAGUUACAGCAGUUCGGGUUCGAUGUGAUCGUACUGGAGGCGCGCGAUCGCGUUGGUGGUCGUAUUGCGACCUUCCGCAAGAAUGCGUACACGGCCGAUCUCGGGGCGAUGGUAGUGACCGGUAUCUGGGGCAACCCGCUAACGAUUUUGAGCAAACAAACCGGCAUGGAGAUGUGUCCGAUAAAGAGCACCUGUCCGCUGUAUGGUGCCGGGGGAAAGCCGGUCCCGAAGCAUAAGGAUGAUAUGGUGGAACGGGAGUUCAAUCGAUUGCUCGAAGCCACCAGCUACCUUUCGCAUCAGCUAGAUUUCAAUUACGCUGGCAAUCAUCCGGUUUCGCUCGGACAAGCGCUCGAGUGGAUCAUCAAGCUGCAGGAGAAGCACGUGAAAGAGAAACAAGUCCAGCAUCUUGCCGGGAUCAUUGGUUGGCAGCAGAAAUUGCUAACGAACCAACACCAACUGGUAGAAACGCUGGCCCGGAUAAAGGAUUUGAAGAUGAAAGCGCAGCAUUUGAUCGAUACAAAGCCACCGAAACCGCCACCAUCGACCAAGGAAGGCGGUGGUAGUGGAGGAGCAACACACGAUGCCACAGGAGGUGAUUCCACAGGUAGUGGGAAGUAUUACGAGCAUGAGUUUCAGCUGCGUGUGAACGCACGGGAAGAGCAACUGGCCUGGAAGGAGGUCGAACGGUUACAAACCUAUCAGACCGAGCUGGAGACGAAAGUGCGCGAGCUAGAAAAUGAACAAGUGUCCGAGGUGUAUCUUUCCUCCAAAGAUCGACAAAUCCUGGACUGGCACUUUGCUAAUCUAGAGUUUGCGAAUGCGACACCGCUCAGUAACCUUUCGCUGAAGCACUGGGACCAGGACGAUGAUUUCGAGUUCAUCGGUAGCCACACGACGGUUAAGAACGGUUACUCGUGCGUACCGAUCGCGCUAACCGAGAACUUGGAUGUGCGAGUUAACACGGCCGUCACCUGCAUCCGGUAUCGGCCCGGCGGUGUUGAGGUGACGGCAGAUCUCAAAUCAAACAACUCAUCCGUCUGCUAUCGGGCGGAUCUGGUCCUGUGCACGCUCACCCUCGGUAUACUGAAGCUUGCCAUCGCUGACGAGUCGAAGCAGCUGAACACGGUUCGCUUCGAUCCGCCGCUGCCGGAAUGGAAACAGUCCGCCAUCCGGCGACUGGGCUUCGGCAACCUCAACAAGGUCGUGCUCUGUUUCGACCGCAUCUUCUGGGAUCCGAACACGAACCUGUUCGGGCACGUGGGCAGCACGACGGCCAGCCGGGGCGAGCUGUUCCUCUUCUGGAACAUCUCCCAGUCGCCGGUGCUGCUUGCUCUAGUCGCGGGCCAAUCGGCCGCCAUCAUGGAGAACGUAUCGGACGACGUGAUCGUGGGCCGCUGCAUCGCCGUCCUGAAGGGUAUCUUUGGCAAUUCGGCCGUCCCGCAGCCGAAGGAAACGGUCGUCACGCGAUGGCGUGCCGAUCCUUGGGCACGCGGGUCCUACAGCUUCGUGUCGGUCGGUUCAUCCGGAAGUGAUUACGAUCUUCUGGCGGCACCGGUCACACCGAAGGCACCGGAUGGAGAACCACAGGCAACCAAACCACCCGCACCGCAACAAAAUCCACAGCAACGCCAUGACAAAAACGGGGAAAAGAACGAGAACGAGGACGAUGGCGGUGACGACGGCAGUCCAAUCGACAUUCCGCGGCUAUUCUUUGCCGGUGAGCAUACGAUCCGCAACUAUCCGGCGACGGUGCACGGUGCGCUGCUGAGCGGACUGCGCGAAGCGGGCCGAAUUGCCGAUUACUAUCUCGGGUUUCCCAACUGCUACCCGGAAGCGCCCAAGGAAGAAACGAAAAAGUGAUCCUCGUUGCAGUAGGACUCUCUUGCCGCACAAAACGCAAUACAGCUACACAAACACACGGAUAGAAGCGAAAAAAGACCUUUGAACCGAGAUGGGUUCGCUGAGUUGGGUGUAGGGUGUGGAGUUGGGUAUUUGGAAGUUGAUCGUUCAUAUUCUUUACUCACUGCACCGUCAAAACACACUCACAUUUUACACACAUACACACACUCAAAACGCGUACACAUCCACCACACAUACGGUUCGUGUUCCAAUUCCCAGCUCCAGCAGCACCUCUAACGGGUCCUCGCAAAGUCCUUCAACGAUUGUAGACAUUGACACAGCAGCAAUUAAUAAUGUAGCAAAUAUUGAUAAAUGAUCACAAACCUCCGAUUGGUGUUUGUUGUGCAUUUGCGUGUUUUCGCGUGUGUAAUGUGUGCCCGCAUUCUUCAGUGCACUCCGGAGUACAAUGGUAUUACUAUGUUCAUUUUUUUCCGUCUGCCAUGUUCAAUAAUGUAGAUAAAUAAAAAAAAUCAAUGAGUCGUAAAAUACAUACAAAA